CAGCGCGCCAGCCUCCAUAAUCAUUGCUAACGCGACUCAAUUUUACGCUCUUAAGACUUCAUUAGAAUCGCUGAAUUCCUCUUACAGCAUAUAUUGCGUCAGUACUGUUGAAUAAUACACAUCAUGGCAGGCCCCUCGCGCGGCGCAACGAAGCGUCUCAUGACCGAGCUCCAGACCUACCAGAAGGAUCCAAAUGACGAGCUUCUUGACCUCGGGCCAGCAGAUGAAGACAUGAUGCACUGGAGAGCAGUUCUGAAAGGCGUAGAAGGCACAGCAUACGAAGGCGGUACAUGGCUUCUCGACAUCCAUAUCCCUCCUUCCUACCCCAACUCCCCUCCUACCGUGCGCUUCGUGACGCCCAUCUGCCACCCAAAUGUCGACUUCAAGACCGGCGAGAUCUGCCUCGAUCUGCUCAAGACGAGCUGGACUCCUGCGUACACCAUCGCGACGACCAUGACGAGCAUACAUCAGCUAUUGACCAGUGCCGAGCCGGAUAGUCCGCUGAAUGUGGAUAUCGCGCAGCUAUUCAGGCAAGGCGAUUAUGUGGGCGCCGAGGCGCUCAUCAGAUUCUACACUCAGACGGAGAGAUAUACUGGGAGGGGUAGGUAAUCGAGGGCCAAUGUGGAUUGGCAUGGCGAAUUUCAAUCU